ACAUAAUAUAUCACCAUGGUACUUACAUACAUACAUUGCAGUCACAUGAAGUUCCUAGUUUUAUGUAAUUAACUAUUUUUCACAAAGACUAGUGUCCGUUGGCCACACUGAAACAACACCACUUUUGCUAUUUGCAUAAUUUGUCUCAUCCUUCAAUGAAAAGUUAAAAAAUGAAGAGUUAGUGAAAAGCCAGCUAGCAACUCCACUUGUUAGAAUUAUUUUAAUUUACCUCGGAGACCGAUACCACGUGAAAUCAUGGACAUCUUGGGAUAUUCUUGAUUCAGUAGCCCCUCAGUUCAGUACCUUGUAAACAUUGUUCUCUUGCCUCUUCUGAAAGUUUGAUCACUUUGCUAUUGUUCGAGAUCAUGGCUGGAGUUCUUGUUGGUGGAGCUUUUCUGUCCGGCUUCAUUAAUGUUGUGCUAGACAGGCUCAUUUCUGCUGAUGCUGUCAACUUGGUUGUGGGCAAGAAGCUUAGCCCUGACUUGGUUGAAAGGCUGAAGAAUGCUCUGACAGAUGCUGGAGCUCUUGUUGAUGAUGCAGAGCUCAAGCAACUUGAUAACCAUGAUGUGAAGCAGUGGCUCAACUGUCUCCGAGAUGCUCUUUACACUGCCGAUGACUUGCUGGACCUUAUCUGCACCAAAGCUGCAACUCAAAAGGGGGUACGCAAUUUCUUGCCUAGCUUCUUGAAUUCUGAAGACAGGAAGAUGGUGAAUGAGAUAGAAAGGGUGGUUAGAAGGAUAGAAGAUCUUGAGAACCGGAAAGGAAAGCUUGGGCUUGAAAAGAUUUCCACUGCUACCUUCUCCUGGAAAACUCCAACCACUUCUCUUGUAAGAGGGAAUGUGUAUGGAAGGGAGGAUGACAAGAAGGCCUUAAUCAAGAUGCUGAAUGACAACAAUGAGCAUCACCUGUCUGUGAUCUCUAUUGUUGGCAUGGGUGGUGUUGGUAAAACUACUUUGGCUCAAUGGAUGUAUAAUAAUGCAGAGUUGAUGGAGGGAUUUGAUCGGAAAGCAUGGGUUUGCGUUUCGGAAAACUUCAAUAUUGUUGAGACUACAAGGAAUAUAGUAAAGGAGAUCUCUACAAAUGCUCAGGAUCUUGAUAGCUUCAAUUCAGUUCAAGAUGCUUUGAAGAAAGGAUUUUCCGAAAAGAAGUUCUUUAUUGUUUUGGAUGAUGUUUGGAGUAAUGAUCAUCAUCAAUGGAAGGAUUUUCUAGCCCCUUUUCAAUAUGGGGUUAAGGGAAGUACUAUUCUUCUAACUACUCGCAAGGAAGAUGUUGGUUCAGUUGUUCAAACAAAUUAUCACCCUCACUAUCUCAUUCCAUUAUCAGAAGACUACUGUUGGUCAGUGUUUGCAGCCAAUGCUUCUUUUCCAGAAUCAAAUGGGAACCCGACACUAGAAGGAAUAGGCAGAAGCAUUGCUAGGAAGUGUGAUGGUUUGCCAUUAGCAGCCGAAACCCUUGGUUGCUUGUGCAGAGGGCAUGUUGCUGAGGAAUGGGAAAAAAUAUCAAGGAGUGACAUUUGGGGAUUUUCUAUAAAUGACAGUAAGAUUAUUCCAGCGUUGUUAGUAAGUUAUCAUCAACUUCCUUCAUAUUUAAAGCGUUGCUUUGUUUAUUGUUCAUUGUUUCCCAAAAAUUAUCACUUUGAGAAAGAUGAACUAAUUUUGUUGUGGAUGGCCGAAGAUCUUUUAAGACUACCAAAGUGAGGAGAGAGCUUGGAAGAGGUUGGU